AUGGAGAUCAGGAAGGUAGCUCUCAUCAACUAUGGUAAAGACUGUAGAAAGCUCGAUGUUAUCAAUCAGAACCGAGCCUCAAUCGAGACCUCUGAUAUGGUUAGGAGCCAAAUAAACUUCAAGAGGCGAUCACCAUUAUCAAGAUUGAAAUUAGUAGUCCCCUCGCCCGAGAUUGGUCUUUGGCUCAAACCGGUGACAGGUAAAGGAAGUAAUCAAAAAAAGAUCAAAGCGAUUGUCAUAGUAAAAAAUGGUGCCGAAAAGCCUUUGGAUCCAUUCUAUAAGGCAAAACCCCCAACCGUUGGAUUAGAGAGGAACGGGAAAAAGAAUUCUGAGCUAAAUCUCCACCCUCAGUUUUGA